UUUUCAAACCAUUGAAACCAUACAAAGUAUACCUUGUGCCUUACGACUUUCAGCUUAAUUAAGCUUUAGUCUCGAAAGGAUUUGUAGAGCUAGAUGUAAAAUUCCUCACAGGAUGUCAUCUGAAAAACUGUUCAGAUGUCUUAUAUCUGCUCGGCCAAAAACACGUCUCAGAGAUGCAGAGCUGCUUUUAUGUUGUGGUGCUGACCCGAACCAGAUUUUGCCCACUGAAGGAGUCACAGCAAUGCAUAUUGCAGCAGGCCAAGGCCAGAGUCUGGUCUCUCUGAUGCUACAGUAUGGCGGUGACCCUAAUGUUUUAUCUGAGGACCACGAUACUCCCCUCCAUGUAACAGCAUCCUGGGGUGAUGUGGAGUCCAUGCAGCUGCUCCUCAGUAACGGUGCUGAUGUGACCAUUCCUGACCAAGAGGGAAAAACUGCUUUGGACCUGGCUGUGGAAGGAGGUCAUAAGUCUUGUGAGGCAGUUCUCCGAUACCAGCACAUGCUGAUCACCGUCAAAGAUGAUGUGCUCUCGCCUAAAUUCACCGUGGAGACCAGGACUUUCAAUGGAAACGAUCGUUCACUUGGGAGAAUUUCAAUGUGUGGAGACCAAGGAGACAGCGCAUGUUGCUUGGAUAGUUCUACGAUUGAUCCAGACAUCUUAUCUCAAGAAUAUACAAAUGCUGUAACUGACAGAUUAUAUGAGUGUCUUGCUGAAGGUCAACCAGUGUACUUUGAUGCGACAUCACCAAACACUCCUGUUGUGGGCUCAAAACCCUUUUCCUGUAAAAUGAAAUGUGAUGAAAAAACUUUUAGGAGACAUCAACAUGAAAAUGGAUGUAAGGUACAACCUCAGUAUUCUUGUGGUGGCUUUGAUGCUACGCCGUUGUCCUGUGGUCUUCAUCAUAAUGGCUAUGGGCAUUCAAAGUCUUGUUCCUGUCCGCCUUUUCUAGAUCAAUGUUGUAAUAGAUCAAACAGAUCUCCUGUCUCCUCUAAUAAUAGCAGUGUGUCUCAUUUCCAUAACCAUUGCUCUGCAGCUGCAUGCAGAUCAAACUGUAAUGCAAGGACUUGUUUUACAACAUGCAAUGACAGUGCUUCCAGUUCAUCACCAAAAUAUUUUCCUCUCUCAAGUAAAAGUGAAGGCUCCUUAGAUUGCAUUAUUGGCCCCAGACAGGCUCAUUCAUCUUUGGCAAGACACAAAGAUUCCUUUCAAUACUGUAGCCAAGAUGUGACAGAGCACUGCUGUAAUCCCCCUCAGCAUGGUCAUCACGCAGGAUGUUUGUCCCCUAGUGACAGAAGCUGCUUGCCACACUCUCCGUACAGGCAGCACACCAGUCCACAUGGAUCUCCGUCAGCUCCUUUUGCCUAUCGUAGUACCAAACAUUCCCCAUCACGCAUGCAUGGACGAAUGAUGCAGACUAGUGGACUCCAUUCCCCAUGCAGGGAAUUAUCUUCAUUACUUCCUAAUCGGAAUAAACAUGUAGCUUCAGAUGUUGACUAUUCCAGGUCGAGUCCCAGCCAGUCUACAAAAUCAAAGUCAUCUCAGCCUGAGAGUGGAAAGCAGCAGGAACACCUGGAUGUGUACUUCCCCCAUAAAACACAGGAUCAGGAAUCUAAUAUUUUGCCAGUGGGGAAAGAAGGAAAUUUCUCUCGUAUGCAGCCUUGUUCAUAUUUUCCACCUCUAGUUUCAGGGGCGUCUGGAAUUCGAAGUGAAUAUUCUGAUUCUGUAAGCAAUGAAAAGACUGUUUUUCUUACUCAAAAUUCAGAUUUAAUGGUCAUACCAAAAUCUCCCUCAAAUGCUCAUUCGGCUUGCUUUCCAAAGUCUUCAUUGAGUGGCCGACAGCCUAGUAUGCCAGAGUCUUCCUCAAGCAGUCAUUCAGUUAGUUUCCUCAAGUCUUCAUCUGGUGGUCGUCCACCAAGUUCUCCGAAGUCUCCCUCAAGCAAUCCCUCUUCCAGCAUGCUGAAGUCCUCGUCAAGUGAUCUUCCAGUUCCAGUCAGCUUGCCAAAGUCUUCAUCAAGUUCUCAGGAAAGAGUGGCUGAGUUUGUUUUAUCUACUACUGACUUUCUUAACAAAUGCUCUGUUGAAGACUCUGGAGAGGUCCCUUCAUAUCCAUCCCAGCUUGACAACUUAGAGCCAUACUCACUCACUGACAAACAAGACAAGACAAGUGAAGGGGGUCUUAAUGUCUCUGGGUCAUCUCAAGAUACGUACGCCACCUGUGACAAUGGUCUUAAUGAUGACACAGUCAAAGGGCUCGAAUCUACUGUUAAUGACAGGUCCGCUGGUGGAAGUAGCGUCAGACCUCAAAUAGUUCCUGAAACACAAGGGAAAUGCUCUGAAAUGACGGGAGAAAAUUCAUUGAGGUGGAAACCUCCUCCAGCUUUGUUUUCUGACACUGACAUCAUGACUUCUGAUGAAAGCUUCAUACAAAGGGCCAGAUCUCCAAGAGUUUAUCGCAUGAAAAAGUCGAGAAAAGAAAAUGAACCCCCAAUUAAAACUGAUCAACAGAGUAUGAAGAAUAAAUUUGCUGCUGAACAGUCUGUUCAAAAGUCUCUGGCAGUAACGGACAUUCUCAAUAGCACAGUAAGGCAAACCAACAUUUCUCGAUUGUCAGAUGAAAGUUUGUUUAGUACUGUAUCUGUAAGGGAGUAUGUCUACAAGGACCCUGAGAGAGGGGUCACUCUGAUAGAAAGGCACAUUCCCUCAGAAUGUGGUAGCAGCAUUGGCCGAAGAUCUCUCGACAGUGUAACUAGCAAAGGAACCGUUGAAUCCCAGUCAACACUUAUCUAUGACUGGCGCUCGAUCCAAAAGUCGCAUGAGUCCAGAAUAAGAGAUCCAGCUUCAGAAUUUCAAACUCAUGCCUCAAAGAGUGCACGCAAUGAGAAUCUUAUCCCUGAAUGUGACCGUGCUUCUCAAAGCUCCUCUACACCAUGGAAUCAUUCAAGCAGUAGCAGCGGUUCAGGUGAGAGAUCUUCUGACACUGCUGAACUCUCUGAGGCAGAGGAUACCCCAGUCAUUGAGCCCCCAGCUCACCUGGAGAGCCUCAGCAACCAGGAAGUGUCUCAAAGGCUGCAGGUCUUUGGGGAGAUGCCUGGGCCAGUGAUCCCUGCCACCAGACAAGCUUAUCUACGUCGUUUAGCAAGCUUGGAGUCCAACCCAGGACUAGUGAAGAUCUGCAAGACAUGUCCAGAUUUCCCCUGCGAACUGCGACAAGCGUUGAACGGCAAGUUUGACAGCUCUGGUCUGGAAGAACUGGAGCAGAAGAUGGUACAAGCCUUUAGCAAUACCAAUGGUCGUCACUGGAGGGAAGGCACUGCCAAAUCAUCCUUUACCUAUCUCUUGUUGGACCCUCGUGUCACUGAAAACUUGCCAUUACGGGCAAAAGCAAUGAAUGAAGUAGAGAUAUUCAAGACUUUUAUUUGUGCCAUUUUCUAUGUGGGAAAGGGAAAAAGGGCCCGACCGUACUGUCAUUUGUAUGAGGCAGUUUCAAAAAGGGCCAAAGAAGGAAAGAAAAGUGCUAAAGUUCAGCACAUCCUGGACAUCUGGGAAUCUGGUCUGGGUGCUGUUUCUCUCCAUUGUUUCCAGUCCGUCAUCCCCGUGGAAGCUUACACUAGGGAAGCUUGCAUGCUGGAAGCCAUUGGCCUUCAUAAAGUCACCAACAUGAAAAGAGGAGAUUUCUAUGGACUGGCAUCUACUUGGUCCAUGCAACAACGCAGAAUGAUGGGGGUGUUCCUUCUGCAGAAAGCUUUGAAGAUUUUUCUGGCUGAAGGAGAGCGACAGAUCUGUGUGCCUGAUCUAAAGGGUAGCCAAUAGAUUGGGGUCACUCUCUAUACCAAGCAGUUCCGUAGGCCUAUGUGGGGACUGAUUUUCUGUGUGGUGGAGCUGGCUGCAUUUCCUAUUGUGAUAAUGUGUUGUUCAUUGAUAACAAAAUUGUCAGAACAUUUUUAUUGUAAUGUUACCAUUGACAUUUUGCAAACUUCAUUCUGUUCAGUGACCAGUCGUGUUUUAUCAAUUGUUUUAAGAUUUUGUAAUUUCCUUCUCCAAAAUCAUUGUUUUGAAGUGGCUCAACAACACCUUGAAGGCUCAAACUCAAACUCUUAAUCUAAUGGCAAGACUGAGGACUGAGGAUAAACCUUGAAAUGUGAUGUUAAGGGAAUGUUGAAUUUCUGUCCAUACUCCUUAAUGAUAAUGUACAGUGGAACUCGAAUUCAACGAGAGGAGAUGGAUUCCCCAUUUUUUUUCCUUCUUUAAAAUCAAGAAAAAUAACCCGGAUUUAACGAGCACUGAAAUCAGCAAGCUCGGAUUCAACGGGGUCGCCAUGGUGAACACCCCCCGCAGACGUGGCUUCGCUCAUUUUUCUCCCUCAGCAAACUUUAUCCCCGGAAACCAUCCAUUGCACCUGCAUCGUGAACCAUUAUUCACUUAGCCGAUUAAAUGCGACCAAUCAAUGGU